CGCCGCUCGCAGCCCGGGAGCACGGGCGAGCGGCAGAGGCCGGCCCGGCGGCGGCCAUGGACCGCUUCGUGUGGACCAGCGGCCUCCUGGAGAUCAACGAGACGCUGGUGAUCCAGCAGCGCGGGGUGCGCGUCUACGACGGCGAGGAGAAGAUAAAAUUCGAUGCUGGGACACUUCUUCUUAGUACACACCGGCUGAUUUGGAGAGACCAGAAAAACAAUGAGUGCUGCAUGGCCAUUCCUCUGUCCCAGGUUGUGUUCAUCGAAGAACAGGCGGCCGGAAUUGGGAAGAGUGCCAAAAUCGUGGUGCAUCUGCACCCGGCUCCUUCUAACAAAGAGCCCGGUCCAUUCCAGAGCAGUAAGAACUCCUACAUCAAACUCUCCUUCAAAGAGCAUGGCCAGAUCGAGUUUUAUAGGCGUUUAUCAGAGGAAAUGACACAGAGAAGGUGGGAGAAUGCGCCAGUUUCCCAGUCAUUACAAACAAAUAAAGGACCCCAGCCAGGAAGAGUAAGAGCUGUAGGGAUCGUAGGUAUUGAAAGGAAACUCGAAGAAAAAAGAAAAGAAACUGACAAGAACAUCUCUGAGGCCUUUGAAGACCUUAGCAAGCUAAUGAUCAAGGCUAAGGAAAUGGUGGAGUUAUCGAAAUCAAUCGCUAAUAAGAUUAAAGAGAAACAAGGUGACGUCACAGAAGAUGAGACCAUCAGGUUUAAGUCCUACUUGCUGAGUAUGGGAAUAGCCAACCCAGUUACCCGGGAGACCUAUGGCUCAGGCACGCAGUACCACAUGCAGCUGGCCAAACAACUGGCUGGAAUAUUGCAGGCACCGUUAGAGGAACGUGGGGGAAUAAUGUCACUCACAGAGGUGUACUGUUUGGUGAACCGAGCUCGAGGGAUGGAGUUGCUCUCACCAGAAGAUUUAGUGAAUGCAUGCAAGAUGCUGGAGGCGCUGAAAUUGCCUGUCAGGCUUCGGGUUUUUGACAGUGGUGUCAUGGUAAUUGAGCUUCAAACCCACAAAGAAGAGGAGAUGGUAGCCUCAGCCCUGGAGACAGUUUCAGAAAGGGGAUCUUUAACAUCAGAAGAGUUUGCCAAACUUGUGGGGAUGUCUGUCCUCCUAGCUAAAGAAAGGCUGCUUCUCGCCGAGAAGAUGGGCCAUCUUUGCCGAGAUGACUCUGUGGAAGGCUUGCGGUUUUACCCAAAUUUAUUUAUGACACAGAACUAAGAAUUUUGUAUCUGAUAGACCUUUUGUCAAUACACUUGGCAUCGUGCUGAGGUCAUAUGACAUUGAGUUAAGCGAUGAACACAAAUAAACCAAGAAUUUGUUAGAACUUCACAGUAUAAUAUAAAACUCUUCCUCUUUCCCUAAAAUUAUGGUCUCAGAAGUGUAUUACAUACAGGAGAAGACAGAACAGUGAGUGGAUAUGCAUUUAAAGUCAUCUGUACUUGUGUACAACUCUUGGGAUUUAACUUGAAAUAUGGUGGAUUUUAAUUUGAUCCUUGAAUUUAGAUCCUCAAGGGGAGAAGAAGUAAAGUUGCAUGUUUGGAUCCAUGAGGUAAUCAUUUUUCUGUGACUAAACUUCACCAGAUUGUGAAUGUUUUUCUCUGCAUCUGAUAUGCCCAUCUUGGGCAUUCAUGAAGAAAGCAAUAGCUACACUGUAGUUCAGGAACCAAUAGCACUGGAAUAAAAGGUCAGAUUGCAGAGUGCCUACCAGGCUCUUCCUCGGGGCUUGGGAAGCAGACCUAGGUGUAUCUCUCCCGGGUCAGAUAAAACACCUUUAAUAAAGGAGAGGGCUAGGGUCUAGCUUACUUGGCGAGCAUUUGCCUAGAAUGCAGAGGCCUUUGAUUUCAGACCGACCACCCCAAUAAUGGGGGGGGAGGGGAGAAACUGAUAUGCACUUACUCCUCAGAUUCUUUGUAGUUUUUAAGUGAUAAUUUCAUGACUGGCAUUUUUAAAGACUCCAGCAGUAUGAUUUUGUUUAAGAAAUGUGGAUUUGGAAAUUGAAUUAAAGAGCUAUAUAGACACACCCAGAGCUGUAAUUACAAGUCUGAGAGCUGGACAGUUCUGGAAGGGCAUUAACUGCACAGGACCUUCAGUGCUCUUCAUAUGGAAGCCAAGGGUGUGAAACAGGAAAUGGGAAGGUUGGCAGAUCUCCUUUCUCCUCACAAGGAGUCUCAAUGCUCUACUAGAGACAUUCCUAUCGUAGUCCAGCCAUUUGCCCUUCUUCACGCCCUACAUUUUUUUUUUUUUUGGUUUUUCGAGACAGGGUUUCUCUGUGGCUUUGGAGCCUGUCCUGGAACUAGCUCUGUAGACCAGGCUGGUCUCGAACUCACAGAGAUCCGCCUGCCUCUGCCUCCCGAGUGCUGGGAUUAAAGGCGUGCGCCACCAUCGCCCGGCUUAUUUUAAGUUGUGUGGAGGAAACAUCAGAGAGAAAGGAAAGUUUUUGAUAGCAAAAACUGGUGUUACCAUCUCUAGAUGGCCGGAGUUAAGUAGGUUGCCUGACUUCAUAUGGGUUGCACAUUGGCAUUACCUCAGACUCAGGGAGUCAGUCCUUUUUGAAGCUUAGCUGGAAGAGGAAGGGGAGUGAUAGUGUCGCCCGGGAGCUACAGGGAGGGGUGCCUAGGCACACAGUCGCACAGUCGCUUGAGGGUACCUUGUGGAUGAGGUGGAGGCCACUGCAGAUGGCUGUGGAGAAGUGCCAGUGUCUUCAGCUACAAACCAGGGAACCCCACUCCUGAUCCCUUCCCGGGAAGUGACUGCCCAUUGCUUCUGUCCUGCAGUGUUAAUGAGAACGCUGCAGCCAAGGCAGCCUCCUUCAGUGUUGUUUUCAAAUCUGUCACUUAUUUUCAAGUAUGGUGACAUCUCCCCUAAUCACCUCAUUGUUUAUCUCAGGUUUACUUUAUGGUUAAUUCAGUGUUGGCUACCAAAUCGUCUAGGGAUUGUUUAGACCAUUGUGUCUGUUAGUAUGUCUCACCGCUAUCUGAACUGCACGUAGUCUGUCACGUGACUCUGGCAAACUUCACACACACACACACACACACACACACACUCUCUCUCUCUCUCUCUCUCUCUCCUUAUCUGACUGAGGGUCUUUAAGUCAGCAGGUUACUGAUCAUCAGCCCUCCCACUUGGGUUGGUUGUAAGGUUAUUAGGUUAUAGGAGCUGCUGAAUCCAGCUCUAAUGGUUUGGAUUCAUCACAACAAACACAUAAUGCAUUUGUUUAUUCAGUGUGACACCCGAUUAACAAAAAUGGAGCAAUCUGAUUUGUAGAAUGUGAAUGAAAGAUGAAAAAUGACAUAAAUAUACUUUGAAAAAGUCACAUUAACUAAAAAAAAAAUAUUUGAUUUUUUUUUUUUCAAUCACUGUUUCCAGACCGUAGUUUAUCUGUUUGACUUUUUUUCUUGCCAAAUGUGUUGUUCUGGUCCUUUUGUUACAGGCUGUGUUUAAAUACAAACCAAUCAAACCUAGGUGCAAAAAUGUUCUGCUUUGGUGCUCAUCACUGUAAUUUUUGUUCUCACGUCGCUCUUAGGAGAAUGAGUCUCUUUGUAAAUUUAUAAUGGAAUAGUUUAGUUAUGUAAAGAAAAAUAAUUUACAUUAUGUAAUCAAAGGCCAUUUCCAGGGUUAGAUGAUCGGUGUUAAUGUAGAUAGAGUCAAAUUAUUGUGAAACUUUAAACUAAUUUUCUUAACUUGGUGUUCUUUUUAAAAUUCUCUGUAAAAUACAUGAAAAUGAUAAAUGUUUAGUCACACUAAGCCAGUAUGAGAAUUUUUCUAGCUUAUAAAGCAUUGCUUAUGAGUUGUCUUUGAAGUUUUGUAAUUUUGUUAUCUUAAAAAGUGGGAAACAAGUCAUGGGCUAUGAUUCAGAUCUCAUAAGGCCAGCUGUGUACACUCACGUGGGUGGGUUACCACAUGUGCCCGGUCACUACACUAAGCUGACCAGUUUCACACACACCAUGUUUGAGAAGGUUAUCUUUUGCCCAACUCUGCGUCUCCAUCUCGGUACAGUGGAGUCACAUCUUGUCAGGAGGCUAGGUUUUUAAACUUUGUCUGAGGUAAAAAUAAAGCAUGCUCAAAACAGC